UCAAGCCGAUUUCAAGUUGAUGCCGCGGAGAGGCUUAGAAAGUCGCGACUUCCUGCGCUAGGAUGGAUCUCCGGGUGUUGGUGCCUCUGCUUGCGAUAAUCCUUCUCGCGAGAUGCGAGAAUCCCGCGGGAAAUGUGAUUGUGCAGCCGAGCGAAAUUAAAGCGGACAACGCGACGUCGUCGGCGCCGACGAGUAUAUGCUCCGUGUGCUCUUGUACAGACAGCUACGUGGACUGCAGUAACCGGAGCCUGAACACGCACUUCGAGAAGCAGCAAUGGUUGAACGUAACGGCCAAGGUGAUCUCGUUCGAGCAUAAUGACCUGGUGCACGUCACGCCCUUCCCAAGGAUAGUCGUCGAGAAGCUGAUUCUACGAGGGAACCGCAUCGCGAGGAUCGACUAUAAGGCCUUCAAAGAGCUCGUUAAUCUCACCGAAUUGGACCUGAAUGAUAACCAGCUUACGUCGCAGAUAUUGCAGCCGCACGUCUUCGAGGGAAAGUUCUCGCCAGAAGCGUACGAGCCUCUGUCGAUCCUGCGCAUCUUGAACCUGGGUAACAACGACCUCCAUUGGUUACAUCAGAGUUUAUUCGAGCAUCUUGUCAGUCUUCGGGUGCUGGAUUUGGCCGGAAAUCCUUUUGGCGUAUUCGACUAUCGUACGUCUAUUGCGAUCAGCAGCUUGUCGUACUUGGAAGACUUGGAUAUCAGUUAUUGCCAGCUGAGAGAACUGCCGAACUCUCAGUUCCACAAUUCCAAGAAUUUGAAGAGGCUGAACCUGACUGGCAAUCGACUCACGGUUCUGCCCAAGUCCUUGGAGGAGGCUGGCACCUUGGAGUACCUCCGCUUGGACGGCAAUCCGAUACGCGUUAUUGAUCGCACGAACGCCUUUCCCAACCUGACGAAACUGCGGGAGCUCAGUCUGCACGGGAUGCCGAAUCUGACGGUGAUCGGGAACGGCGGACUCUCGGCGUUGACCGGCCUGGAGGUCCUCCACGUGCAGAACUGCGAGAAAUUAAGGAGAAUCGACGAGUACGCGAUGGCGCUCAAGACCACCGAAGGUAUGACGUGGCCGCCGUUGAAGAAGCUGUACUUGGCGUCCAACGCUCUCCGGUAUCUACCGAUGCUGCUCGUUCCCAGAUGGAACAAUCUCGAGGAGUUGCGCCUGAUGAACAACCAAUGGAGCUGCGAUUGCGACAAUGAAAAUCUGAUCGGAAUCGUGCUGCCGGAAUUGGGCGAGACGCUGAUGGGAGACGAGGUCGACAAGCUCACCUGUUCCGCACCGCCGGAGCACGAGGGGAAGAAGCUGGCGGAUCUGGCCGACCGACAGCUGCGCUGCUUGGACCGGUACAACGCGAGACCGGAGAGGGACGCCGCGAUACUCGUGGGGGUGCUGAUCGGUCUCCUGGUCGCGAUCCCGAUCGGCAUGAUGUUCUUCGUUUUCUGGCGACGCGGCUACUUCUUCUGCGGGUCCCAGGGUCCCGCCACCUUCUCCCGUGCCUUCUACAAACGGGCGUCCAACGACGAUGACAUUUAAAAUAUAUACACUGGUUUGAUUCAUGAAUAAGUUCUGCUAGAUAAUUUAUGAAUCACUUCCUUUGAGAAACCAGUAUUACCCACGACAUUUAAUUAUUUUAUUUGUUGCAAGUAGAGAAUAAUAAUGGAAAAUAUGUAACAGGUUACAAUUUAUAUAUUAUGUAUUUUUUAAAUGUAAAAAUUUAGCUUUGUUAAGUAAAGUUGAACUUAUUUAUGAACAGCUAAAUGUAUAUGUACAUAUAUAAUAUGUAUACGUUUUUUAACGCAGUCGCAUCUUUUUGCUACGCUUUUUUUAACAUUAAGCAAAAAACAUCGAGAUACAAAAGAAUAAUGUUUAAGAGCUGCGACGUAAAAGUUGCAACAGAAUCCGCGACACCGCGGAUGACGCAUCGAAUAUAUCUAGUCUAAGCUUCCUCAAAUACGCGUAUCUUUUGUACGUUUUGUUAAGCUAUGGCAAAGUGUCGUCGCUACAGCGCGAGAGCGUUAGUUAAAGAUGUACAUUUUUCUAUUCGGAUAAAGCGCGCACCAUUGUAAGACGCCGCGUUUUCCGACUGUAUGUAUGCCGCACAUCAUGACGCACCGCAAAUAAACACACUUGAAAUUUA